CCGAGGUACACGCAUUUCAUUUGCCCUUUGGUGAGGUAGGAUUGACUUUACAGGAUGUGCAAGUGUUGUUGGGGUUGCCCAUUGACGGCAUACCACUCACUUGUCCCACGAUUACUGAUAAGGCAGCGUUGUUGCAGAUGUGUGCACAGUCUGCUGGUUUUAUACCAGAAGAUGAUGAUUUAAAUUCAGCUACCAUAAAAGUAACGAAUAUCCACCCCAUUCCAUUAACCGAUUGGAGCACUGAAAACGAGGUGACUCAACACACUAGGGCCCUCAUUUGGCAGUUGUUAGGUGGUUCAUUAUUCCCUACCACUAGUGGAAACAUGGCUAGUUGGUAUUUCUUGGAGUUGUUGCAGGGGAACUUAGUAGAUGUGCGCCGAUGGAGCUGCGGCUCAGCGGUCUUGGCCUAUCUGUAUCACACCAUGUGUAAGGUGGCCAAGGCCCAGGCUAAACAAAUUGGAGGAUGUUUAAUCCUUCUACAAAUCUGGGCAUGGGAGAGAUUGCCGAUGGUUCGGCCCCAAGGUCAUCUCCCACUUGACCAUAUAUUGGAUUUUCCGUAUGCUGUUAGGUGGGCGUGUCAACAUGAUUGGCAGCAAACAAACAGAUUUUCGUUACGGGUAUAUAGGGACCAACUAGAUCGGAUGACGGAAGAUGAGUUCGAAUGGAUCCCCUAUCCGUUGAUGAACCUUCCAGCACAUUGUCAUGAUGCGAACGAUUUGUGGGCUGCGGAGGUUCCAUUGAUUUAUACACGUUUUUCUGAGGCACACUAUCCUAGGAGGUUUUGUCGUCAAUUCAACGCAUAUCAGGAUCGACCCGCUCCGAUUGUGGCAGGGCAUCGUCAUCACAAUAGUGGAUCACGAUUCAUGGUCGAGCUUGUUGAAGAAUGAGCAUUACGGUGGAACAAAAUAUUCCCACUUCAGUGGGUUGACGAAGGUCCUUUCAUUAGUGAUGAGUACCGCGAGUGGUACCGUAAUGUAGGAAAACGAUGGCUCACAUUAGAAGCAACUUCAUGUCCCAAUUUAGAAGUAAACAACUAAAGAAGUUGUGUUGGCGAGCGGGAAGUACCCCGAUUGUAAGUGAGUUUAACCAUUUCAUGCAACAAAUUAGGGGUACUAACGAGAGAGCAUUCAAGUAUUUAAAUGACAUUCCCCAAGAAAAGUGGGCACUUUGUUUUGAUGGUGGUUGUCGUUAUGGUAUUUUGACAACAAAUCUUUCGGAAAGUUUCAACAAUGCUCUCAAAGGAUGUAAGACAUUGCCAAUCACUGCCCUUGUACGAGCAACUUUUGACAAACUAGUCCAACUCUUCGCCCAAUGUCGUAGUGCUGGUAUGAUGUGGCAGCAAGCUGGAUAUCAUUUUCCGGACAACAUUCGGAAAGAGAUUAUGGAGCGUUGGCACCAAAGACCUCACACUAUGGUUCUUCCACACAACCACUACACAGGAAUUUACUCAGUCGUCGUGGAUAAUGCAACACUUGUUACGGUGAAUCUAUCGAGACUUAUCUGUGAGUGCAGUUGUUGGAGGAUGAACGGCAUGCCAUGCGCCCAUGCGCAUGUUGUCUGCCAUUUUCAGAGGUAUUCCAGAGGUAUACAAACUAAGUUCUUACAUAAAUGCACAUUCCAGUGAUAUCAUGCCAUUGCCGAAUCUGAAUGAGUGGCCACAAAAUGAGUUCAUUCUUCUGCCGCCUAAAUACUCUUCCAGAACUUCUCGAGUAGGACGCCGUCAAGAAACAAGAUUUCCAAAUGAGAUGGAUAUGCGUCCAAGACGCAGAGCACAACAUGAUUGAUUCACAUUUGUACUCUCUUAUGGUGUAUUAUUUCUUUUCUUUGUAGUUUGUUUUAAUGUUGUACUACCUCCGUUUCCAUUUUAACUUCCAAAUGGGUUUGACACAAAGUUUAAGAUAGUGGAUAUUGUGUGGUGGAGAGUUG